AUGUGACUCAGUUCUGAUCAUGAAGUUGCUGGUUGCUACAUUUGUCUCCUCCGUACUGUUGUUUUCUGUGUACAAUGCAAGAUCGGUAGCUGCAGAUAAAUUAUUUGCAGAUGUAAUGUUUAGAGGAGACCCAGAAGAAAACAUGAACGCGAGUCAGCUUAUCACCAGUAAAGGCUACCCAUGUGAGGAACAUACUGUCCAAACGGAAGAUGGCUUUCUACUGGGACUCCAAAGAAUACCAUACGGUAAAAAGAAUGCAAGCACAACCAAUCCAAGGCCAGUUGUCUUCCUCCAACAUGGUUUACUAUGUUCCUCAACUAACUGGUUAACCAACCUGGAAAACGAAAGUUUUGCAUACAUCUUAGCAGACGCAGGAUUUGAUGUCUGGUUAGGUAAUGUUCGAGGGAAUACCUAUUCCAGAAGUCAUGUAAGCCUGAAUCCAAAUCAGGAUGAAUUCUGGGAGUGGAGUUUUGAUCAGAUGGCUUUGUAUGAUUUGCCAGCCAUGGUGAACUAUGCUCUCAAGGUAUCAAUGCAACCACAACUGUAUUACAUUGGUCACUCACAGGGCACACUAAUGGCAUUUGCACAACUACCAAGAAACAAGGAACUGGCAAAGAAGAUCAAGACAUUUUUUGCUCUGGGUCCUGUAACCACUGUGGGUCAUGUUGAAAGUCCUAUCAAAUACUUGGCAGAUUUAGUACCAGAGCUGCAGCUUCUGUUCAAGAUAUUUGGCGUGAGAGAUUUUCUGCCGAACAAUGAAAUAAUCAACUGGUUGGCAGAUCAUGUAUGUGAGAAACGGUAUCAAAUUUACUGUGAGAACAUACUGUUUAUAAUCAGUGGAUGGGACCCACAGCAACUGAAUCAGACUCGUCUUCCAGUUUAUUUUCAUCAUGUGCCUGCUGGAACAUCUGUGAGGAAUGUUAUACACUUUGCACAGAUGAUAAAAUCACAAAAGUUUCAAAUGUAUGAUUAUGGUUCUGCUGCUGAGAAUCUUAAAUAUUAUAACCAGUCCACAGCACCACUUUACUACCCCGAGAACUUGACUACGCCAACAGCGCUUUACUGGGGUGGCCAGGAUUGGUUGGCCGACCCAAAAGAUGUUCAGUCACUGAUUCCUAAGAUAAAGAACGUUCUAAUCUCAAAUGAUGAGAUUGUGGAGUUUGAUCACUUGGACUUCAUCUGGGGAAUGGAUGCGCCUGAGCGUGUUUAUCACAAUAUACUCAAUACAAUUCAAAAACAAGAAGAAUCUAUAUUUAGCAGAGGGUAAAUAAAUAAGGGCUUCCAGUAUAAGCAGUAAACAAAUUAUUUGACCGAUAUCCAAGAAAUCUACAACUGAUAAUUCUUAUAUACUGAAACUUAAUUGUGUUGGACAUGGUGAGAUUUAAGAACUUUUGAACACAUCCAAUUUAGUCUGACAUCUUUUUGAGGCAAAGAUUCCCAUGGUGCCAACAUUUUAAAUAAUUGCUUUGUUCUAUAGAACAAAUACUGUGUUUUUACAAUAUUACUUCCCAUGUAUUAAUUAGCCAGCUUCCAAAAGAUGAUGUUACUUUCAUAACUGUCACUGGAUACAUAACUAGCACCAAUUUGAGAUGGCAGAACACAGUGGGAAGAGAUUUGUUAUUGGAGAGAGAGGUGUUUACAAAUAUUGUUACCCUGCAUUUAAUGUGAAUGAAGGGAAAGGUAUGUAGAGGGGAAAUGUCUGU